AUGAAACCUAGAUUAAUAUUGCUGAUCAGACAUGGUGAAAGUGAAUCUAAUAAAGAUAAGAAAGUGAAUGAACACACUCCAAACCAUUUGAUCCCGUUAACGAAGAAUGGGAGAUAUCAGGCCAGAAUGGCCGGUAUAGAAAUUUUGAAACUGUUGAAUGUCGACGACGAUUCGAUCACCAAGGAUAUUGAGGCUGAAGAGGAUUACGUUGAAGAUAGACCACAACUGGAGCAAAACUAUCAAAGGGUGAAAUCCACUAAGGAUACGGAUCUAGUAUUUUACACCUCUCCAUACCGUAGAACCAGAGAAACAUUGAAAGGGAUCAUUGAGAUGAUUGAUAGAUACAACGAAUUGAAUUGCGGCAUAAGAGUAUGCGAGGGGGAAACGUAUCAACCUUUGGGAACAAGAAGAUUGGCACACUGGCAAUGCCCCGUGUUUCCAAGUGCAGUGUUCGAAAAUAAUGAAAGCGUAACGAAUUUUAAACUAAUUAACAAUACUGAGACCAAUCCGAGUCUUAUACAUGAGGAGAAACAUUUCCUUCACUACCGUGUGAAGGAAGAGCCUCGGAUUAGGGAACAAGAUUUUGGUAAUUUCCAGAAGACUGCAUCGAUGACCGAGGUGAUGAAUACAAGAGCUAAUUACGGUCAUUUUUUCUUCAGGUUCCCUCAAGGUGAAUCUGCUGCAGACGUUUACGACCGGUGUUCAGGGUUUCAGGAAUCGUUAUUUCGCCAUUUCGAGAAAAGUGGAGGGAAAAAAAGGGACGUGGUAGCUAUUGUUACACAUGGUAUAUUCUUACGCGUGUUCUUAAUGAAAUGGUUUAGAUGGACAUACGAAGAGUUUGAAUCAUUAACUAACGUUCCGAACGGUAGUGUCAUCGUGAUGGAAUUGGAUGAAAAGGAUGACAGAUACGUAUUGCGGACAACAUUGCCCAAAUGGUGCUGA